UGCGGCGCAUGGUUUAUACGUCAUCACCAAAGACCUUCGUCGUCCCUCAUGUCGCAACAUGGUCGUCUUCUGAGAGCAAUAACAAGGCGAUGACAGAUCUCCAGAGCCGGCAGAGUUAAACACUUGUGAUUUGAGGGACUUCUCCUCCGGAGCCAUGCCUCGCUACGAGCUCGCCCUGAUCCUGAAGGCGAUGCAGCGGCCGGAGACGGCGGCGGCUCUGCGGCGGACCGUGGAGAGUCUGAUGGAGCGGGGCGCGGUGGUGAGGAGCCUGGAGAACCUGGGAGAGAGACUGCUGCCCUACAAGAUCACCAAGCACAACGAGAGGCACAGCCGGGGAUCUUACUUUCUGCUCGACUUCUACGCGGCCCCCGACGUCCUCCCGGGCGUCCUGAAUCACCUGCAGCGGGAUGUGGACGUGGUGAGGCCCACCAUGCUGAAGAAGGACGACCAGGCUCCAGGCAGCAGCUGCUGUGGCCCCCAACAGUGACUGAAUGUUUUCACUGCUCGUCUCCAGAAGACACACUGUGUGAUGCUUCCAUCUUUUAUCUUUUCCACAAUUGAUUACCAGCAUUUGGACGUUGUGUUAUAAUAAAUAACUUUUUUUUUUCACUUGUA